AUGGCUUGCAGUUCACUGAACUUCCCAGUGUCACUGCUAUCAAAGCCAAAAUCUCCAACCUCAGCUUCUGCUGCUGCUGCUGCUACUAUUUCUCCCUCUUCAAUGUCCGUCAAGCUCCAAGACACAUCUCAAUUCUCUAUCUCAAGAGGUCAGAUCAGUCUUUGGCCCUCUGUACACUGCGAUGAAUCCCUAAUCCGACGCCGUUCCCACAAAAGCCCGUCGCCAAAUGCUCUCAGUCUCCUGGUUGUGGCGUCAACGGCAAAUAAGGGAGAGCCGUUGAAGAUUAUGAUAUCUGGGGCUCCUGCUUCUGGUAAAGGAACACAAUGCGAGCUCAUCACUAAGAAAUAUGAAUUGGUGCAUAUUGCACCCGGAGAUUUACUGAGGGCAGAAGUUGCGGCAGGAACUGAAAAUGGGAGAUGUGCAAAGGAAUACAUGGAGAAUGGGCAGUUGGUCCCUGAUGAAAUAGUUGUCAUGAUGGUGAAGGAUCGUCUGUUACAAUCAGAUGCUCAAGAAAAGGGUUGGCUUUUGGAUGGAUAUCCUAGGAGCUCAUCUCAAGCAACUGUUCUUAAAGAAUUCGGGUUCCAGCCAGACCUUUUCAUUCUUCUUGAAGUUUCGGAAGAGAUUCUUGUUGAGAGGGUGGUGGGCCGUAGGCUAGAUCCUGUUACUGGCAGGAUAUACCAUUUGAAGUACUCUCCCCCUGAGACCGAAGAGAUAGCUGCGAGACUUACCCAACGCUUUGAUGAUACGGAAGAAAAGGUAAAACUCCGUUUGUGCACUCAUCAUCAAAACGUGGAGGCAGUGCUUUCUCUGUAUGAGGAUAUAACAGUCAAGGUGAAUGGAAGUGCUUCCAAGCACGUUGUAUUUGCACAGAUUGACAGUACAAUGACUAAACUUCUGAAGCAAAAGGAGGAUGCACUAGGAUCUGUGGCAGCAUAA